CAAUAUCUUGUUUUCUUCUGUGCAUUCAAUUCAAUUCCUUUGUGUAGUGAACAUUUUACUUAAAAGUUGUUUUUACUUGUAGUGAGUUUUCUACUUUCAAUUGUAAACUGUAAUCUGGCAGCAAGAUAAACUAUUUAUAUCAAUUCCAAGUUUCGUGUUUAUUUAAUACAGUCAUAUUGUUCAAACGCAAUUUUUUUAGAACUACUAAUAAUGGAGAGAAUGCAGUCAUCUCCAGAUGAAAACACUGGCACAGAAGAAGAAAACGAAACACCGGAAAGAAAUCGAGAUAAUCGCAGAAAUGUUCAAGGAUAUUCUUCAUGCCCUACUACUUCCUCCAAUCUAAACCAAAUGGAAGAAAAAAUGCGUCGUAAACUGCAGUUUUUCUUUAUGAAUCCAAUCGAGAAAUGGCAAGCAAAGCGAAAGUUUCCAUACAAAUUCGUCGUACAAGUGAUCAAGAUAAUUUUGGUAACUUUCCAACUCUGUCUCUUUGCGCAUAACAGAUAUAACCAUGUCAAUUAUACUUGGGACAAUCGGAUUACAUUCUCGCAUCUUUUUCUUCUCGGUUGGGACUCUACAAGAGAGAUAAAUGCCUACCCACCAGGCGCUGGACCCCUAGCUGUUUAUAAAAUAGAUGAAUUUUACAACACAUUGGAUUAUGCAUAUGCAGGAUAUGCAAAUCUGUCUAAUGCUAUUGGCCCAUAUUCAUACAAUGAUGAUAACAACAACAUGCCGGACCCAGUCUUCUGUCUAUAUAAUUAUAAACAAGGCAUAAUACAUGGAUUUAAUGAGAGUUAUGAAUUUAACUCUGAAAUCAAUGAAACAUGUAUAAAUUUUACAAUACCUGAUGGUCAAUUACUUAAAUCAAAACAUUACAUUAAAGAUGCAGACUUGGAAAUUAAUUUUGCAGCACUAGUUAGAGCUAAGCUAAUGUUUUCUCUAAAAACUAUAAACUUCCGAGCGGCCGGUCCUAUCACACCACCAGAGUGUGUCAGGUUUGAUGUUGAAAUAAUAUUUGACAAUGAAGAUCAUGACGGCCAAAUGUCUCUGGUUCUGGAAGCGGAACCUUAUAAAUUAGUCUGCAACGGUGAUAAGAACUACAUCACCGAUAACAAAAUCGAUCAGAUUUUACGCAGUAUUCUUAACAUACUGGUUAUAUUAAUCUGUUCUGCGUCCCUCAUGUUAUGCAGUAGAGCUAUAUAUCGAGCACAACUCCUAAAAGAAUUAACUGUGCAAUUUUUCCGAAGAGCUUAUAAUAAAGAACUGAGUUGGGAUGGUCGGCUAGAAUUCCUUAACAUUUGGUAUAUAAUGAUUAUUGUUAAUGAUUUACUUAUCAUUAUGGGAUCAGCAAUAAAAGAACAAAUAGAAAGAAACCAAUUCACAAAUGAUCAGUGGAAUGUGUGUUCUUUACUUUUGGGUUUAGGUAAUUUGUUAGUUUGGUUCGGGGUUCUUAGAUACUUAGGAUUCUUCAAAACAUACAAUGUUGUUAUACUAACAUUGAAAAAGGCAGCACCAAAAAUAUUUAGAUUUUCCUUCUGUGCUUUGCUCCUUUACGCUGGGUUUAUGUUCUGCGGCUGGCUUAUACUAGGUCCGUAUCACAUGAAAUUCAGAUCCUUAGCUACUACAUCAGAGUGUUUGUUUUCUCUUAUUAAUGGGGAUGAUAUGUUUGCUACUUUCUCAAUCAUGUCUAAAAAAUCACCGAUGCUGUGGUGGUUUAGCCGUGUGUACUUAUACUCAUUUAUAAGUCUUUACAUUUAUGUUGUUCUCAGUUUAUUUAUAUCUGUAAUUAUGGAUGCUUAUGAUACUAUAAAACAGUACUACAGCGAAGGUUUCCCGAAGAGUGAUUUGCAAACGUUUAUUGGUGAGCCAUGUAUUGAGGAAGUAUCUUCAGGAUUGUACAGAACACAAAGUUCUUCUUCGUUAAAUGCUAUGAUGAACUCAUUGUUUUGUUGCAAUUUUUAUAGAAGUGCUUACUCAAAAAUAGGUGGUGGAGGUUCAAAUCUGAAUAUAUUAUAGGCUCCUUAUUAUUUAAGUGUUAUUAAAUUAUUUUAAGGAAGCCGUUAUGUGUGUUUUGAUUAAUCAUUUUGAGAAUUUUCGCACGUUUUGGAAUGAAAAAUAAAUGUAAUGAUAGGUCACAUAGUGAUUAAUUUUUUUAUGUAUAAAUGUUAAUCAUGUAAAUAAGAAACUUGUAAAUGUGUAAAUUAUGUCUGUUAUCAGUGUAACCAAAGAUUGUAAAAAUGUACCAGUAACUAUAAUUGGAUUGUUACGAGAUUUAUAUUUAUAAAAAUACUGUGAAUGUGCAUGCGUUUGUGAUAUAGAA